AUGGAUUUCUAUAUAAAGCAGAGUAUAGACCCGGUGUAUAGUGUUCACAGGGCUUGCAGGGUUCGUCGUCCCAAGUGGCCGAAGCGUUUAGAGAUGAGUGCUAAACAAAACUUCGAAGAAAAUCAAUUUUAUUGUUGUGUUUAUGAAGGCAGCAAACGCUGGCAGCACUUUAUGCUUUUUUGCGUUGUUGCAGCAGUCUUGAAGGGCCUGGCCCUUGAAAUUGAAGAUAGGGGUUUGGUAUAUCGCAGUCAUAUUGCUGACUCUUCUGCUACACUAAGCACAGCCGUAGAAAGACAACGACCUGCGCGUUUAAACUAA